AUGUCCGAUGAAGAAUUGUUUUCAGAAGACUCAUAUGAAUUUGAGUUUGAGGAUGAAGAUGGAAAUGAUGGAUCAGAUCAAGGAAAUGAUAAUAUUGAAGAAGAUGAAGAUCAAGGAUUGGAAAAUAGAUAUUAUACAGCUAAAAGUUUAAAAGAUGAUGAUAUACAACAAUCGAUUAAAGAAUUACAAAAAGUUAUAGAUUCCAUUAAGAAAGACGAGUCACAAGAAGAUUCAAAUGAAUGGAUAUUUAAAUCAUAUAAGCAAUUGAUCAAAAUAUAUUAUAAUGAAGGGGAAUAUGAAAAAGUUUUGAGUAAUUUACAACACAUAAUACCGUAUUUAUCAAAACUAAAUAAAUCGUACAUUGAAGAAUCAUUAUCAAGAAUGAUUGGGAGAUAUUUGAACAAUUCAAAUAAUAACAACACUACUAAACAAACUAGUGAAUCAAAACAAGAUUUCAUUAUUAGAUUCUCGGAAAUUUUAAAUAAUCAAUCAGGUCUCCAAAAUGAUAAACUAUGGUUAAAAUUAAAUUCAAACUUACUUAAUUUUUACCUUGAAACUAACCAAUUCGAUAAAUUUGCAAUUCUUAUCGAAGAAAUUCAUCAAAAAUUACCAUAUAUAUCAGAACCAAUUAAAAAACUAUUCAAUUUAGAAAUAAUAGCAAGUGAAAUAGAGUUUUUGUUCAAAACAAAUUCCAAAGAUUUAAUAAGAUUAAAUAAAUUAUACAAAUUAAGUCUAAACAAUUCAACAGCAGUAACUCACCCAAAAAUUCUAGGUAUAAUAAAUGAAUGUGGGGGUAAAGUUCAAUUCUAUAGGGAAAAUUUUGAAUCAUCGAAAAAUUUGUUCUACAAUAGUUUUAAAAAUUACGAUGAAGCUGGAUCAUUAAUUAAAAACAAGAUUUUGAAAUAUGUUUUGUUAAUAAGUUUAUUAGGAGAUAAUGAUAAUUUAGAUAAUUUUCAAUCUCAAGAAACUCAAACUUAUUCACAAUUCAAUGAAUUUAAUAAUUUAAAAAAAUUGAUUAAAAACUAUAGAGGAUUGGAAUUAAAUGAAUUUUUGAAUAAUUUGAAGGAGUAUGAAGUUAGUGGUGAUGAAUUUUUUGCUGAUGAAAUAUUUAAAAAAUCUAUUGAUAUUAUAUUUGAAAAAUUAAGAGUAAAAUUAUUAUUAAAAAUACUAGUUGAGUCCAAAAAUAAAGCAAUAACAUUUAAAGAUUUAGUACAUUCUUUACAAAUUAAUGAAUAUGAUUUCGAAUUUUUAUUACUUAAAUUAAUUGGUCAAGGUAAACUAACAAAUUUCAAAAUUGAUUUCGUUCAAAAGUCUAUAAAUUAUGAAUCUGAAGGUAUUGACUCAAAAACUUUUUUAUUCCCAACAGAUGCAGAAGAAAUUUACUACAGUGUUAAAUUACUUGAUAAUUUUGACAUAACACCAAAAAAUAAUACAACUACAACAACUAAUGAUAAUGAUAUGAUGACUGAUGACACAACCAUAAGAGAAGAACAAUCACAAGAACAAUUACAAGCUUUACAAAUACCACAACAACAACAACAACAAACUAAUCUAUUAUCAAAACUAUUCUACCUCACAGAAAGACCAAACAAACCAGAAGAUUGGUUUUCAUCAAUAAACAUGUGGUAUACCUACAUAAUGUCCUAUCAACCAAAACAACAUAAACUUACCCCCAAUACCGAAAUAAUAACAACUAACAUAAAUGCAUCAGAAGAAUUGGAAAAUUUUAAUACUGGAUUAUUAAAUUCUACUGUAAAUGAAGAAGAUGGUGGUGAUGAUGAUUUAGAUGAUGAAAAUUUAAUUAGUGUUAAGAAAUUACAUUUAAUUAAAUCAUGGAUAAAUAAAUUAAAAGAUUAA